AUGGUAUGGAGCCAGGAACAUGACCUUCUGUUAUUAAGAGAAAUCCUGGUUUCACAACCUUUCAAAUUCCCUUUUGGCAGCAGAGAGAGGGGGCAAUGCUGGAGCAAAGUGGCAAAAAGGUUGAAUGACUGCCAAAAUCAAAAAUUUUAUGUAGACCAGAGGGCAGUGAGAGAAAGGUUUGCAAAAAUAGAGAGGGAUUUUAGAAGGAGAAUGGCACAAGAGGAAAGGGCCAGUGGAAUAGCAGUAGAAGAGAAUGAGCUUGACCAGGCAAUGGAAGAUAUUAUUGGAUUUACAGAAGCAGCAGAGGAGGAACUUGCCAGAAAAGCUGAAGAGAAGAAAAACAACAGAGAGAAAGAAAAGGAGACAGCCGAGGAUGUGAGAAAAAGGUCAAUGGAGAGGCUCAGUCAGACACAAGUGCGAGAAAAAAAUGAAAGUGAGAAUAAAAGGAAACGGUCAGGUGAAAAUACUAUGGAGUUUUUAAGAGAGAAGGCAUUGAAGGAGUAUGAGAUUCAGAAAGAAGAAAUAAAGUUAAGAAAAAAAGAGAUGGAGAUUAGAAUUGAGGAAGCAGAUAACGUGAAGAAGAGAGAACAGUUUGAGAGGGAGCAAAGGGAAGAGGAGAGGAAAAGGAGAGAAAAGUAUGAAGAAACCAUUAUCAGCCAACAACAUCAAAUAAUUUAUCUGAUGCAAAAACAGCAGGAGCAACAGAAACAGAUUUUGCAGCAGAUGCAGCAACAAAAUACUGCAAUUAUUUCCAUUUUGGCCAAGUUGGCUGAGAAGCAGUAG